UUCAAGCCCAUGUUCUCUCAUUGAAAUGAGACUGGACAGCUCUUUUGUCAACUUGCAGUUAUGAUGAUUCAAAACAGAUCAAAGAAGAUCCUUUGGUUGGUAGUUUUGACCAUCUGCUUGAAUUUAAGUAACGGGCAAAGAAGACGGCAAAAUCCAAAUGGAGUCCAAGAGAGGCCGACUGAUAAUGAAUUUUUGACCGAUCGUCGGAAUAUUGGAGCUGAUUUCCCAUAUCGCCGAGGAGACACCCCUAUUUUCAAUUUUGAUGUUGGGGAUGAGCCGUUCCUAGACAGCAUUCCUGAUCUAGUCAAAGGCCUUCAUCAAAUGGCCAAGGUCGUGUCUGAUCAGAGACAACUCACACAGGCGUUUGGACGAGCCUUUACAGAGUGCCACGAUUGCACGCCAUAAAACGUUGGAAAUAAAAUGUGGUUUAAGUGA